AUUGUUUUCCUGCAGAACAGAGAUGACCUCAACUGCAUGGGAAACAUUAUUUGAACUGUUCUUGGAUUUUCAUGAAGUGGGGUGCUUGGUGGUGGAAAUUCUUGGUAUCAACUCCUUCAUAAACAGAAUUUUUCAAACAGCUACAAGAAUAUCACGUGGGCCCAUCCGAAAGCCAUAUGGGAGCCAGCGAAGUUUAGUCCGCUGGAUAGCUGUCCACAAUCCAACUUUAAAGUGGAUAAGCCAACAUCGUGAUGGCCACCAUAGAUCUGCUGUGGUGCUGUUGCCAACAACAUCCCACUGUGAUGCCACUGCUGAAGGAUUGCAAACCCUACAGGUUGAUGAUGACUGUGAUGAUUUCUUCCCACUUCAUGGAAGAGAUGACACAAUGCUGUGGAGAUGUCACUCACAUGACAGCCUUGGAGAUGUAGAAGAUACUUGGGAUCGAUGUGUCACAAGCAGCACACCUGUAGCAAAGCCAUCUGAAGUUUAUGGUGAUCCUUUGGCAGUUGCUGUCAUAUCUGAAUUGCAGGAACAACUGGACAAACUAAAGGACCAGAUGACACAAAUGAUCCUUCUGCGAGAAAGUGAUAAGUUGUUGACACCACAACAACCUCCGCCACCUCCCCCUCCCCCUCCUCCUCCUCCUCCUCCUCCACCACCUCCACCACCACCUCUGCCACCUCAGCGUACACCUUUGUCAGCACUGACAACAAAAUCCUCUGUGAAGAAACUGGGAAUGACACAGAAGAAUGAAGAACCUGAGCCAAAAUUCUUAAUGGCUGAAGUUCUUGAAGGAAUCAAGGAUGUCAAGUUGAAGCCAAUAGAAAGAUCUCCUGGGGGGCGACCACUGAGACCGAAGAGACGAAGUUCAAUGGGGAGACACAGUGAUCCUGCAACGCUACUGUUUGCAGCUCUAAAGAAGAGAGCAGCAUCUCAUUAUGGAACAGAGUCAGAAGACAAAGAAAAUGAAGAUAGUGAACAAGACUCCUGGAAUGAGGAUAGUCCAAAUUCAACCCCAACUGCUGCACCUGCAGCAGUGGGAUUCUUGGUGUAUAGCGCUGAUAGUCGAGAUGAUGAAAUCCUUCGUUUGUCACUUCGGGCCUUGAGUCAGCUGGCUGAUGUCCCAGGAGGAAUUACCAAGCUGGUCAAAGUUCUUGGCUUUGGCAGCAUCCUUCAUGCCACACUCCAAAGGCAUCAGGGUAAAGAAGAUGAUCUGUCUGCAAUGAUAAGAAAGUUGCUGAACCUGGCAGCAGCACACAAGACUGAUUGUUUCAAAGCCAGGAAUGAUGAUGAUGAGCACAUAGCUACUUCUGCAAGUUCAAGGCCUUUCAAAACUCUCACUAACUUGCCUUUAGCAAAACAGGAAGCACAGUGUGUCACCCUUCUGAUAGAAGAUAUGGCUUCAUUGUAUGACCACAGGAAAUUGACUGACACACUGGUACGGCAAAGAGGUGUGAUUUCUGUUGCAUUUUCUGUGAACAAUCCAAAGAAAUGCACAGUGAGGAUGAGGCCUGAGAUCCACAUUAUGACAGUAGCAAAUGCCCUGAUCCAUGCUGGUUUCCAUGAUGUCUAUCAACUUGGACGGAACAAAGUUGGAAAUAUGGUGAAGAAGAGGCUUUGCAAGGAAUCAAAUGCUAGAAUUAGCUCUGAGACAGAAUCCAAGCAAAUACCUGAUUAUCUCCCUGAAGAAGAUGACAACCCUCCUGUUGGGGAUAAAGCAGUUGCAACACCUGGAGUUGACAGAGAAUCCAGUCUCAAGAAGACUGCCACAUCAGUCCUCUCUUCUGCUGCCAAGUUCUUCACUAACACAUUCUAUUGGUGAUUUGGAUUUGACUUG